AUGUAAUCAGAACUUGAGAUUUAGGCAGUGAUAGGAUUCACAGGUAUAUAAAAUUGAUAUAUUAUAAGGGAAAAUAAUUCAAGGGUUAGUUUUACAUCCAGAUAAUGAGGUAUGAUAUAAUUAAUAGUUCAAAGCAUAUUCUUUAUCCAUUAGGUUCUACUAUAGUAGUUAGACAUAUAAUUACAAGACAAUAAACAUUUUUAAGGUAUGGAAAUGUGAUAUAUUAAAUUAGAGGACAUGAUAAUUAGAUCUCUGUAAUAACAGUUUCCAGAAGUGGAGAUUAUGUUGCAUCUGGAUAGAAAACAUAUAUGGGGUUUUAAGCUGAUAUAAUAAUUUGGGAUUUCAAGGAUAGAAGCAUGAUUCAUAGAUUGAAAUUACAUAAGGUGUUGAUUCAGUCUCUCAGUUUUUCAUUCAAUGAAUUAUAUUUGGCAUCAUUAGGAGGAAUUGAUGAUAAAAAUAUGUUAAUUAUUUGGGAUAUUAAGGCAGGGAAGGCUUUAUAUGGAACUCCAAAUAGAGAUCCUGUUAAUUAAGUCUAGUUUUACAAUUAAUCAGAUGAAAAGAUGAUUGCAGUUUUAAAUACUGGAGUUUAGAUUUUAACAAUAGACAAAUAAAAUAAAAAGGUAUGAUGUAUUGCUUUUAUAAAGAUUCAAUCUGUAGAUGUUAAUUUUGGAAAUGUCAAAAGAACCUUUAAUUGUGUUGCAAUAGAUAAAAAUGAUAAAUUUUGUUAUUGUGGAACAAAGACUGGUGAUGUAUUUGAAAUUUAAAUGGAUAUGGCUAUAUAUAAAAGAUUAGCUCCAGUCAAGAAGCUAUUUUCAUAAGGAGUUAAUUGUUUAGGAUUAUUGUAAAAUGGAGAUAUAAUUGUUGGAGCAGGAGAUGGUAUGAUAGCAAAAGUGUCUUUUUAAACAAUGUAAAUAGUAGCAAGUAGUGAAUUACUUGGAGGUGUGACAUCUAUAUCAUUUACAAAUGAUUAGACUCAUUUUUUCACAGGAACAGUUCAAAGUAAUAUAUAUUGGUUGGACACUGAAAAAUUAAUACCAGAAUUAAGAAAUACUUGUCAUUAUGAAAGAAUUAAUGAUGUUGCUUUUCCUCAUAAUUAUUCUGAUGUAUUUGCUACUAGUUCUUUAAAUGAUAUCAGAGUUUGGAAUGCUAAGAAUAGAUAAGAAUUACUUAGAAUAUAAGUUCCAAAUCUAGAAUGUUGGGCAGUUGCCUUUAUGAAUGAUGGUAAAAGUAUUGUAAGUGGUUGGAGUGAUGGAAAAAUUCGAACCUUUUUACCAUAAUCAGGUAGAUUGCUCUAUGUAAUUAAUGAUGCACAUAUACAUGGGUGUACAUCAUUAACUUGUACUUCAGAUUGUUAAAGAAUUAUUUCAGGGGGAUCAGAAGGAGAAGUAAGAGUUUGGGAAAUUGGAAAGUAAACUUAAGUUAUGAAAUCUUCAAUGAAAGAGCAUAGAGGAAGAGUGUGGUCAAUUUAGGUUAGGAGAAAUAAUGAGUAAGCUGUUAGUGCUAGUGCAGAUGGAUCUUGUAUUAUUUGGGAUCUUAAAUCAUUUACCAGAGUUAUGUGUUUAUUUGAAAGUACCUUAUUCAAAAUGGUUUUGUAUCAUCCUGAAGAGAGUUAGUUAUUGACUACUGGUAGUGAUAGAAAAGUAUCUUAUCAUAUUAUUAAAGAUCACUUAUUGGGAAACUUUUGAUGGUUAAGCUAUCAGAAUGUUAGAUGGAUCUGAGGAAGGAGAAGUUAAUGCAUUGGCAAUUACAAAGGAAGGAGAGCAUUUCGUAUCAGGAGGAGAAGAUAAGGAAGUUAAAUUAUGGGGAUAUGAUGAAGGAAUCUGUUAUUUUAAAGGUUAAGGACAUUCAGGUACUAUAACAAGAGUAUUUAUUAAUUUUAAAUUAGAUUACUAUAAGUCCUGAUUAAAAAACUAUUAUAUCAGUUGGAGCUGAAGGAGCUAUAUUUAUAUGGAAAAUGCCUGAAUCUGUUAUAAACUCUAAAGCAUAAUAAGAAUUACCUACUGUUUAAAAUGUAAAAAAGUAAAAUGACAUUCAAUAGUAAUAAUAAUAAUAAUCCUAAUAAUAAUCAAUACCAAAAGAUGCAUAAUCAUAAAAAUCUAAUUAAAUUGCUAAAUCAGUCAAGUCAGGAACAAAAUAAUCAAAAAAAUGAUAGAAAUUCAUUUCCAUUCAUUAUAAAAGC